AUGGUUCAUGCCACAACCCAAAUCGGCUUGAAGCGGGAUCUCUCCCAUGUGCCCAUCACAUCUCUCGCCUUAUAUCGCGCCCCAUCCGGAAAACUCUUCGUCUUCGCCGGCGAGGACUCUGACCUCGUUGUCUACGAGGCGAAAAAUGGACAGCACAAAGGACGUCUCGUCUCUCGGACAAGCGUAUUUACGGACCAGCCCAUUCAUGGGAUCCACGUGCGGCAUGGGCGGGUUCUCGUAUGGGGUUUUUGCCAUGUAGCUAUCCUACCUGUUGAGAGUCUUACUGAGAUGCAUGAUCCGACGUUUGUGAUAGCUAGGGCGACGGCUCCUGAUUGGAUAUAUCAUGGUUCUUUUUCAGAUAUUGACACUUCUGUCGCCGUUCUGGCUACGGCUCACAAUGAAGUCAUCCCUUUGGAAUACUCUUCCAUUACCGGAGAGAUUAUCCUUAGCGCUGCCAUUGCACCUUCAAGGCCAAUGCUCUACUCCGCUCAUCUUACUUGGAUAUCAAAUGAUACUAUUCUAGUGGCCGGCGGCACUGUCUUUGGGCACGUCGUAGUGUGGAAAUGCCGUCUGAAAGAAGGUGGCAGGGGGAUAACUGAGACGUUAUUCAACUUCGAAGGUCAUGAGGGCUCCAUCUUCGGCGUGGAUAUUUGCACAAUUACACUUUCGGACGGUAGCACGGCACGGAUACUUGCCAGCUGUAGCGACGAUAGAACGAUUCGGGUUUGGGAUAUUACGGAGCGAGAAGAGGACAGUACCCAAUCUCGUGCCUCUCAGCCCACCCAGGUUAUCAACACUGGCUUCGGUGGUAACGACAUCAACGACGACGAUAGCACCCAAGAGUCUAGCAAAAGGAGUGCUCCUGUUGCCGCCGCAAUGGGACACGCAUCGCGCAUAUGGGGAGUCAAAUUCGGCAAGUCAUGCGGGGAGAAUGCCAUGUCUGUCUACUCCUUUGGAGAGGAUGCAACGGCACAGAGAUGGCGUCUUCAAAUUAGCCAUGCCGCGUCGGCUGGGGAAGCUGAUGUCGGCGCGAGACCUCUGACAGGGAAACUGUCUCACAGUAAGACAUUCUCCCUGCAUAACGGGAAACAUCUCUGGUCAAGAGCCAUGCUGCUUGAAGACAAGGCUGUGCUCGUUGCCACCGGCGGCGCCGAUAGUCAAAUUUGUCUCAUCGAAGAGCCCACUCUAGUCGACGAACGACUGAAUGGUCUUGGCGGUGCGGUGACUCUGGACACUGACGACAUUCUCAAGGGCCUUGUCAGCCCACUGAAAUCAACUACACCCGCAAAAGAGAUUAUCAGUCGCUACGAUUUUCUCUCCCACGACCAUAUCCUUAUCACUACGAGCCUCGGAAGGCUUGUUUUAGGUCAUCUCAAAGAUGCUUAUUUUGAACCAGAGUGGGAGCAGAUUGAGGUUGCUGAAGAGCUACGAGGAGAUAUGAAGCUAUGCUAUGUCGUAAAAAGCAUUACUACUACGGCAGCUCUCCUGGGCACAACAAGUGGAAACAUUUACUACUUCGAUCUUUCCUCCCGGGAAACCAAGCACGUUGCCUCCAUGCCGGGCAAGAUCAUCGAAAUGAACUGUCUGUCAAGCAAAAGUAGGGAUGAAUCGGGCAAUCCUUUGGCCGAGGUGCUGGUCUUCCUCCAUGGAAGGGCGGAAUCUCACUACCUUGAGAUUGAUGUCUCUACGGGGGAUGUACGCAGUCAAGGGCAGACCAAAGGGCUCGAUCCUAGAUUCGUCCCUACAGCGGCUGGGAAAGUGAAUGACUUGCUCAUCGUCGGGUCUCGGCACGGUUGGCUAUCCAUUCUUGACCGGAAACAGGAUGGAUCGUACUACCCAAUCUUAGACAUGGCGACACGAAGUCGUGAUACUAUCACUGCCAUUCUCCCACUCCCUCCGAAAUCAGGCUCGCAACAGGCCUCUCGCUAUAUCCUCGUCACAACCCGUGAUGGAAAGUACAGGAUAUACGAAAUGGAUCGGCAGCCAGGAUCCAUUCUUCUUCAUCUGCGACACGAAACCUCACCACCAUUCGGGCCUCUGAUUGCUGGUGCAUGGUUUACCCAAGACAAGGUGCCUGAGCUCGUAUUAUACGGCUUUAGAAGCAAGGACUUCGUCAUUUGGAAUGAGACACGUCGUGAAGAAUUAGCAACUAUCGAGUGCGGCGGAGCUCAUCGGACGUUUCAGCUAACAUACAGUGAAUCAAUACCUGGUCGGUAUCGCUUCGCGUUUACCAAGACAUCCAAACUCUCCAUCUCCUCAUCAGACCACAUGGCGCACGAAUGGGUGAAGGCUGGAAUCCAUGGGAGGGAGAUUCGAUCACUGAGUUCCAAUGGCCGUUAUAUUGCUACAGGUGCUGAGGAUACUACCAUUCGGAUAUGGGAGUAUCAGUGUAUUGGAGAAGAUGCACAGGCGGAGCUGCGGUGCGUGGCGUCCAUGAAGACGCAUAUUACGGGCCUCCAAAAACUUGUUUGGCUGGGAGAUGACUACCUCUUCAGCAGCGCUGGCAAUGAAGAGUUCUUUGUAUGGAAAGUGCAGAAUUUGGAGUCGGACUACAAGGGGCUGGCAGUCGUCUGCGAGGGCGUCUUUACCGACAAGAGUGCGGAUGCCGAUCUCCGUAUCAUGGAUUUUGAUGUUUGUCGAUCUGAUGAUGGAAGUGGCAUAGUGGUGACAAUGGGGUUUUCGAACUCGGUCUUAAGGACAUAUCGCUACACAAGCGAUGGCGGCCGAUUUGAACUCCUUGCCAAGGGAACGUACACAGGAGCAUGUCUUACUCAAACGCGCCAUCUCAGCAUGCGAGAUCAGCUGCCAAUACUCCUCACAGCAUCCACAGAUGGCCACCUUGCCCUAUGGCGAACCGAGCCAGACGAAGGGAUGCAGCGCAAAUAUGUCCUAGACCAGGUGGUUUCGUUGCACCAAAACAGCAUCAAGAGCCUAGACAUGAUGGACUCAGGAGAAGGGUAUCAAGUGUUUACUGGAGGCGAUGACAACAGUGUAGGGGUAACAUUGCUCGGUCGGAUUUCGGGCAGCACAGACGAUGCAAGCUGGACUUUCUCAAGGCGAAGCAUCGUUCGCAAUGCUCACGCGGCAGCUAUCGCAGGUGUCCUACUAGUUCGUCGACGCACGGGAGUCGUAGGUAUCAGUGUGAGCAACGAUCAGCGCGUGAAGCUGUGGAGAAUCCCCAGCGGCGGAGAUGGAAAUGUCGAGCUCAUGAGGGGAGAGUGCAUCGGCGUGGCAGAUGCUGGAGAUAUCGCAGCUGUCGGCGGAUUGGAGAGCGACGCGGCGACUGUAGUAUUCGCAGGCGUAGGGCUUGAGGCCUGGAGCCUGCAAUGA